AUGAAACUGAGAAUUGAAGGGUAUUUGUUUCAGGAUAUGUUUGCCGGGGGUACUGACACUAGCUUCACAGUCCUAAGCUGGAUAAUGACAGAGCUCUUAAGGCACCCAACUGUGAUGCAGAAGCUACAAGGUGAGAUAAGGAAUGUGGUUAGUGGCAGAACUCGCGUGACUGAGGAAGAUUUAAGCAGCAUGCAUUACUUGAAGGCAGUGAUCAAAGAAACUUUUAGAUUACACCCCCCUGGACCCUUGUUGAUUCCAAGGGAAUCCAGGGAAGAUGUGAAAGUGAUGGGUUAUUACGUUGCAAAGGGCACAAAAUUAGUUGUUAAUGUUUGGGCAAUUGGACGAGAUCCUUCUUAUUGGGAGCAACCUCUGGAGUUCAAACCAGAGAGAUUCUUAAAUAGUUCAAUAGAUGUGAGAGGACAUGAUUUUGAACUGAUACCAUUUGGAGCAGGAAGGAGGGGCUGUCCAGGAAUAACGUUUGCCAUGAUUGAGAUUGAGCUGGUCCUAGCAAACCUUCUACACCAAUUUGAUUGGGAAGUGCCUAGUGGAGUAAUGGGGGAUCAGACACUGAACAUCACUGAAAUUUUUGGGUUGUCCACGCAUAGAAAAUACCCUCUCAUGACAAUUGCAUCCCAUCGUGCAUAA